AUGGUGAUACAAGAUGCUCAAAGAUUGAGGAAUUGGAAGCGUCAAGUUUCUCUAAAAGAAUACCACGAAAAAUGUCCCAACCCCCACCCGGAUGUGAUGCUCCCCAUGUUUCAAGGGCUGUGGAUGCGGCUGGGGAAGGCGAGGAUUGAAGCGGCGAGGGCGGAAGACGCAUAUCGGACCGAGGAGAUGUGGGCAUCGAUCACCUACUGCAAGCUGUACGACGCCUUGCUCGAACGCGAGGAGGCUGCACGUCAUCUAUGGGCCACCAAGGCGCCGCGUAUGGCCGACAAGCCGCCCCCGGCGUAUUUCACGCCCCUCAAAAUCCCUUUUGUCGAGGGGAAUAUGGCCAUGGAUGACGCCUACCAACGCUCCAUCGCCCAAGCCGAGGCCGCAAGCCGCGAGCAGAAGAACAUCGGCGAUUUGGAGAGGGCCCUCAAUGACUACGUUCGAGAGCGUCGGGCCCAACUGAAAGCCGAGAUGCUUCGCAUGAAGAGGGAGCUGGAGAAGGUUGAAGAAGAAAUGGAAGAGAUGGGCACUGAUGCCGAUCUUUCCCGCAUCAAGUUCGCCAGGCGAUUCUCGGCGACGUGGUUAGACUGCGCGCUGACGUUUCGUUAUGAGACACAUCGACUGGGAGAGCUGCUGCCACCGGCACCGCCGCUAAAGGAUCUCAGGCUCAUCAACUGGGCUCUUCCUCCAGCCCCGCCAAGCCCGGCAGCUGAUAUCAAGGUGGAGGAGGCCGACGACGCCGUCAGGGUCGGCCCUGAUGACAGCCAGAAGGCUGACGCUGCUCCGGGAGAAGCCGAGAAGGAGGAGCAGCGUGCUGCUGCUGGCUCGGAGGUCAAAAAGAAUCUCGGCGAGAAACAGUACGUGAGGGAGGACUCGUACAAGGAGAAGCGCUAUGGUGACGUGGUCGACGAGUUUUCCGCGUACAUUGACAAGAUAUUCACGGAGACGCGCCUCGUUAAUGAUGUGCUGAUUGGGGAAGAAAAGGAGGAGAAGCGGAUGGGACCGAUCGACACCACCAUCACGCACAACAAAGAUAUCUUGAUCCCGUCGAAUGGCCCCCCUUCAACUGUCCACAGCCCAGAAACGGAAUCGCCGAGCAUGCUACCCGCGGUCCCCUUGAUCAGGCACAACCGAGCCGAGCCAGUGCCCACUGGUGAGCGCCUUCUUGCCGGCGCUGAAAGCCAAAACUCGACGAAUGCGACCGUAUCAAGUGAGGAAUUGAUGCCGACGGUGAUUGGUGGAUGGAAUGGCACCGACAAUUCGACCAUGGAAAGGAAUAAGACGCGCCCCUACUGGAAUGGCACCGAGGAGCUGGAAUACGGGUGGGGUUUUGUGCCAGUAUUCGUUGAAGAAAAUGAGCAAUUGGUGUGUUUUCGCUUGCAGCUGGCGGGACCCGGAAAAGAGCACGAACUGGUGACGAACCCGCCCCGGGACCCGAUCGACGUUCAAUGGGAGACGCUGCCCCUCGUCAACCCGUCCAUGCUGCCGGCCCCAGCGGCCAGUGAACGAGCCCCCGACCCGUACAGCCCGGUCACCUACGGACCCUCUGGUGAGGCGGCCCCAUCGGCGAUCGUCAUCACCCCGCCCAUCGUCCACGAUACCGAGUUUGAGCAUCACCCGCCCGCUGAGCAAUACAUCCCGCCCGAUCUCUACCACCACGGCCAAUUCCCCGCCAAGCCCGACCUGGUCAGCAAGCUUUGU